AUGAAAAGAUGCUUGUCAAGGCUGAGAAACGUUAUCGCAGUUCUGACACUGACGGAGCUAGCCAGCUGGUGGCUUCCCUUCACAUGGAAAGGAGGGACAGUUAAAGGAGGGACAGUUAAAAGAGGCACAGUAAGAGGAGCGACAGUAGAAGGAGCAACAAUAAAAGCUGCCACAGCAAAAGGGGGGUAUGCCUGCACCGAAUACGUUAUCCCCAAUAGCGUCGUUAAGAAGCCCUCCGGAAAAUAUUUCCCCCUCCGUAGAAGACUCACCGCUAGACGCAAAAAAAAUGAAUUGUCAGUGCAAAGAUAUGGCCUUCAUGACCAAUGCGAUCGAAGGAACUGGGUGGAGAAGGGAGUCUCCUUCCUAUUCAUUCGCGUAGCUACACAUAUAGGUGAAACGAAUCAAAGUGAUCAGACAGGUCGUCCGAGGAGACAACACGUAAAUCGCGUCCGAGGGGAACUACAUCCUCCCCGUUCCAUCCAAGUGUUCUCAUCCAAUCGGAAAUGUGAUACCAGCGAUGGAGAGCAUGAAAUGUCCCCUGGCGAAUGCAUGAAUCCACCCCUUCCCAAUAAAACAAGCGAACCUGUGGAAUCGGUCCAGCAGAAGGAGGAAGAAGAAUGCGAGAGGAUUUUCCUAACCGACACUAAGUAUUACAAAAGGAGCAAGUACUCUAAAGCAGGGUACCUAAAAAAAAAAACAGGAGCAGGCGAAUUGAAAACUGGGAACAAUGCGGACCAUUUUCAUCCGAAGGGACUUCUCCACAGGGAGUUUCCUCCCAUCACAUCCAUUGAAUCUGAAGAUGAUCUGCUCCUCACAAAUAGCAUGAGAAAAGGCCCACAAAAUGAGCACCUCAACCUGCCAGAAUUCUUUAUCAGCAGCUACUAUGCGGAUCGGAACAGGCCCAACGAGCUGGAUCUAGCAAUGGACACGGAUAAAAAGGAAAGUACCUUACCUAUUAGUAGCAAAAAUAACGGCAAAACGGACGAGAAUUGCACAAAUUGCACAAAUGCUAACUACAGUAGUAGGAAAGCAUCCAUAAUGAACGAAUUCACAGUGAUCGGAGAAAUUGUAGGAGUUCAUGGACUACAAGGCUGGCUAAAGGUAGUUAGCUUCACAACAUUUAACGAUAUAAGAUUUAGGAAAAAUCAGUACAGGUAUUUAUUUAUGAAUAGCUACCCGUACCCUCUGCCAAUUAAGCUGACAGAUGUGAAAGAAUCCCUAAAGGUAGGGUUUCUCUACGUCAAAAUUGAAGGAAUCCAUUCCAGGACAGAUGCACUUAAAUUAAAGUCUUGUCUAAUUUGUGAUGAUAAAAGGAAAUUCCCAAGCCUAAGUGAAAACCAGUACAUAUCUACUGACCUCCUGAACUUUGAUGUUGUCAUUUUUAAUGACCUUACGAAUACAUGCAUAGGGAAAGUCCUUUCCUUUGUCUCCAGGUAUGACUAUAUAUGUAAGAAAUCAACACAGAGCAUUGCAGACGAUUUGAUUAAAAUUGAGCUCAAGAAGAACAUUUCUCUGCAGAAGGUUUUCAACAUCAUAUCUGCUGCGCAGAUGUACGCCAUGCGAUCCGCGGCGUCGUCUCCUCUGACUGCGUCACAGGGGAACCCCGUCCGGGUGCUCAUCCACCGGAAGGGCUCUUCUGUCACGGGUCAGCCAGGAGCCGAGAUAGGCGGUGGGCUAAGCGGUGAAGAACCACUCGGGGAGAAGUACCACUCGGAGCACGGCGAUAACCACGACUACAAUGGCGACGACGAACGGGUGAAGGGAGACAAGAACUACUACGACUCGAUUGAUAACUUUGAAGGCUGCUCUUACAAAAAGAUAUACAAGUGUGACUUCUGCGAUGAUGUGUACGACGACCUCCAGGAGGCGAGCGAACACGAGAGUUCGCACUUCCCCACGGAUGAGGAAUUGCUCUUUAACGCAUCCCGGGCGAAUCCCCCCAAGGAAAAACUAUACGAAGUGGACAGGAAUAUGGUCUCUAAGCUAAAGGCUAUCGACUAG